AUGGUAGACGACGAGACCUCCCCAUACCAAUAUGUCUCAAUUUUAAAACGUGAGUUUCCACCAAUGAGCUGGAUCGGCCGAGUUGGGAAAGGUAUUAUUAUCCUUGAAGCUAUUGUUCGAGCGGAGGGUAACACCUGCUAUAUCAGCGACCUGACCAAGGCGGCAUAUGAAGAAUUCUUUCCUCUUGACACCUUGAGGUAUGUUAUUGCGGGUUGCGUUGUGAAUACUGACACUACAGAGCUUCUUCACAACAUCUACAGCACUAAUAACAUUGACUUGCAUUCACCUGAUGAAUUCUCAUGGGAGUCUUCUACUGCAGAGUUUAAAUCUCUGGUGGGCUGUGGUGUUGGUAAGUGUGUUGCGUCGUUCAUUUUGGCUGCUUAUGGUCAAGGUUUUAAGCGAAUUGCACGAGUCAUUACCUGGUAUAUUGGACUUGAGUUGGAGAUGAUGUUCUGUAUUGAGGAUGUUGCUUGA